AUGGCUGAACAUGAGGGUUCAUGGCAUGACUCACCACCUGGACAUCGACAAACCGGCAACAAAAACCACAAGGAGUCUACCGGAUCGAGGAGGUCAUUGUUUCGCGGCAAAAAGGGCAAGAGGCUAAGUGAGACGCCCAUGAUCAACGUUGAUGAGUAUGACGGGGAUGCCAACGAAAGGCGAACAUCGAUCUUGCGGAAGAGCAAAAGAGGUAACACUCAAGCUGAGGAGGCUGCAGGUGCGAACCUAAUAAGCCGUAUUUCGAGCCCAUUCGACUUUCAGCACCUCUCCCAUACUGAUCGACAUCAAAUCGCUGCCCUCGAAAAGCAACUCCCAGAUACACCAACCGAGAGCCUCCAUUUCAGGAACUUUUCUUCUGAAAACCUUGCAAUUGGAGAGGAUAGAUCCUCAUCUGCCCUUGGCUUUAGAUCACCCCCUCGCAGUCCAGAUGCGCGCCAUGACCCGAUCUAUAGAGAGCUUCUCCCAACCCGGUAUCAGCCCUCGGAAACAUACCCACACAUCUUCUUCGGUACAGGCGCCUCUCCAAUCGCCAUAUCUCCUCUUGGACCUCCUUUCGAUACACCUGAAAUUGCAUAUGAAGAGACAGGACCAAUCCCACGCAGAUCGUCUCGAUCCAAGCGAGAAUCAGGUAUCUGGGACUCGUUUGCGCUCUCGGCUGUGUCCACACCAGACAUAAUACCUGAAAUACUAGAAGACUCCUCGUAUUUCGGCCAUGCGGUAACAACACCUGACGACUCGGCCAUUCACGCAACGACACCGCCAUCGUUUAGCCCUAGUCUCGCAGAUGUCGCUGAGGAACCAGAGAGAUUCGUCAGCCCAAGGCCUGCACCACAGCCGCCAAUGAAGACCCCGACUUCACCGAGAUCGCCCUACUUUGGGUCGUUCUCCUUUCAGAGCCCGCGAUCACCAGUCAACUCUAGGGCACAUGGUCGGGGUCAAUCUCCUGCCUCACCAAGGGCAGCACCGUCUGUCUCGCGACCCUCAUCGCAGAUGUCUGAUACGUUGGGCUCGGGUAGUAUUCCAAGGAGAAUGUCCAUUCGAAAACCUACUCAUCGUCGCCAGUCGAACACAUGGCGCGCAAUAGAGGAGUCAUGGGAAGAGGACGUUGACUAUAUUUAUGACAACGCCCUCGAAGCUGACUGUGACUUCGAAUGGGAUCGUGCAUCUGAUGAUGGUGUUCGCUGUUGCGAAACACCUUCUGCGGAGCAAGCGAAUAACGACAACCUAAGAAUCACGCCCGCUGAUAGAGAGCGCUUCGCUUCUGACAAUUUCCGCUCGUCUCUACUCGUUCCCAGCACAGGAAGUGUGCCAGAGCUAGUCCCAACUUCUGCGAUAUCCACAUCUACCAUGGGUACUGGACUGCCACCAACACCAUCGGGAUUCUUCAAUGCCAACCGCUUCAGCGGCGACACUGGAUUCAUACUAAGCCCUUCCCUCCUUGUCCCCCAAGAAUACAAGGAUACCAGAGAAGUCACUUACGAGGACUUGCUUGACGAGUACGCUGGGUCCGAUCGGCAUUUUCCAAUGCUUGACGCGAGCCGAAGCGCGACUAGCUCGGCGCGUAGUAGUCACGUCCGACUUAGUAGACGAAGCUCCUAUGAUAGUAGCCUCAUGUCCUCUGUCCAGAGCUCUGGCCUUUGGAGCUCCCCUGUACGGCGCUCGGCAAGUUCUGCAGGAAGUGUACCAGAAUUGAUCCCUUCCCGUCGUAGCCGAAAGUCGCUUGGCUUUAGUCUGGCAGGCGAUCAAUUAUCGGAGCAGAUCGCAUUUCUCAACGAAGACAAAGAAGACGAUGACGUUACGCCGCCAGGGCGUACUUUGGAAGGGCGAACAUUUUUCGCUUCAGAUGACGAAGCGCCACAAGAUGAGGAGCAAUCUCGCAGCUCCAUAGAGACUGAGCUCAGGGCCUCGCUUGAUCUGGCUCGACGUGGCUCGCAGCGUACCAAUCAUCCCACCGUCGAAGAAGAGCUCAAGUCAUCGCUCGAUCUUGCGCGUCAAGGGUCACCACGCUCCGCUCGUACUUCAGCACGCCAGCACAAACAAGCCCUGUCUGACGGUGCUGCCAAGCUGCUUUCCGUUUCUGUACCUAAAGAAGACUCAUCAGCCAAGCUACGCAAUCGCUCAGCGACCACAGCGCAGGCGCGCUCCCCCAUGCUGAGCCUCUUCCCAGUACCACCACGCAACACAUCCACUACUUCGCAAUUGUAA